UUCCAAAAAUGUGCCAACAAGUCGUUGUCGUUCCCGCUGCCAACAACAGCAACAACAAGAUGAAGACCAGCUACAGCAUCAAGCAGGUCCUGAAGACGCUCUUCAAGAAACAGCAGAAGCAGCAGCAGCAGCAGCACCCCCACCGCCACUCGCUGGAGUCCCUCGAGUCGAAUGACAAUCUGCGCAACGCCCAAGUCGAGGAGGCCUACUAUGCCGAGAUCGAUGAGAACGCCGCCAACGAAAAACUCGCUCAAAUGGCCCACUCCCAAGAGAUCGAGAUGAUCGAGGAGGAUCAGGAGGAGGACAUUUAUGUUCCCGUCCGCUUCGCCCGCACCCAGGCCGGUACCUUCUUCUGGACCACCAACCUGCAGCCCGUGGCCAGCGUUGAGCCCGCCUUCUGCUACUCCAUGCAGUUCCAGGAUCGUUGGGCCCAGGCCUAAGCAUCACCAUCCUGAUCAUGACUGAUCCGAUCAAUCGUCAGCUUUAAAACGACUACAACAUUGUGAUAGCAGCAGCAGCGGCUUUAACUCCUCCACGCAUCGAACUCAGCGGGAAAACAAUCUCAACUCGGCGAUCCAGCGCUUCCAUUAGAUCUUAAGAUAUUGUGAUAGAAAAACAAGAGCUUUAAAAAUAAUCUUACAAAAUACAAAAC